AUGCGAUCAACAAUCUCAACACUUCCACUCUUCCUCAGCAUCGUCGCUGCAGCCAGCAAUGGCACAGCAGCCAACAAUAGUACAGCAGCCAGCAACAACACAGCAGAAUGUAACUUCAGCAGUAUACGAUGGGGCCUCUGCGACGAAGCGAAAGUGAACGGCACCUUACCGAUGGAUUGCGCAACGCUCAGGGUUCCUCUCGACUACAGCGAUCCGGCCAGCAAGGCGACUAUACUGCUUGAGCUCGCAAGAGUACCUUCUGCUAUGCAACCCUCGAAAGGUAGCAUUCAGUUCAAUUUCGGAGGCCCAGGCGCAACGGGUCGGGGUACGCUGGCGGCACAAGCUGCUGUGUUGAGAAAUCUCACUGGUGGUCAAUACGACCUUAUCGCUUUCGACCCGCGCGGCACCGGCGACACCUUACCAUUCCUCUGCGUCCAAGAUGAUGUCGAAGCCACAACAGUGCUCCAAGGUCAAGCCUCUUCAAACACCACCGAAUAUGGCGUCGGACGAAUCUGGGCACGAGGCACAAUCGACACCGCACGAUGUCAAUCAACCAUGAACGAGACCGGCAAAUACGUCAACACGCCCUUCGGUGCAAGAGACCUGAUGAGCGUCGUGGACGCACUCAACGAAGACGGCAUGCUCCGCUACUGGGGGCUCUCAUACGGAACAACCCUUGGAGCCACAGUAGCCGCCAUGUUUCCGAACAGAAUCGACAAAUUAAUCCUCGACGGCGUCCAGAACCCCCACGAAUACUACCACGCGCUCGCAGACUUUGAGGAAUGGACAGAUUCCGACAAAGUUUUCGCCGGGAUCUUCUCCACCUGUAUUGAUGCAGGCGGUGACCUCUGUCCUCUCGCGAGUCUCAACCUCACGGGUCCCGAGCUCGAAGGAAGAACAUGGCAUCUGUUGGAGCAACUCAAGUCCCGCCCGAUACCGAUAGGCCAAUACCUCAUCGACUACCCCCUCCUGAAAGGUUUCAUCCAACAAGCCAUCUACGGUCCUGCUGGCUGGCCUGGUCUCGUCACUAUGUUGAGCUUUCUCUUCACGAACCAGACUGCCGGUCUCGAAGCUAUCGCUACAUCCCUCGUUCCAGACAGCACCACGACACCUCUGGACGCCAUCAAACUCUCUCAAGCCCUAUUAGGGAUCCACUGCGGCGAUCGUACAGCUCGCGCAGCGACGCUGGAUGAUUUCCAACCUACUAUCGACCGUCUGUACAACAUCUCAACAAUCAUGGGCGACGCUACGAUCGGCACUAUGUCGGCAUGUGCACAAUGGUCUAUCGAACCCGCUGAACGCUUCCAGUUCCCCUCCUCCUCCUCUUCCCCCCAAAUCGCCACAUCCAAUCCUAUCCUCAUCGUCGGCAAUACAUUCGACGGACACACACCCCUCAUAUCCGCCUACAACGUCAGCGAAACAUUCGAGGAGAGCGUAGUGAUGGAGGUGAGGGGUUAUGGUCAUGCGAGCUUGGGAUUGCCGAGUAGUUGUACGUGGAGGACUGUGAGUGAGUACUUUUCUGCGGGGACGGUACCAGAGGUGGGCAGGAUUUGUGAGGUUGAGGCAGAGCCGUAUGGGAAUACUACGUGGGCGGACAUUUUUGGGGUUGAGGUUGGGGGUAAUGGGGGAGGGGUUAGUGCUGGGGUGCCGAGGAUGGUGAGGCUGUGA